AUGGAAAUUGGACCAGAUGGAAAGCCGUGUCGAGCAUGUGUCAGUGUUGAAGAUAUGAUGAAGAAAGGCAAAGAGAUGGCCGAAAAAAUGAAGAAAAAAGAAGCAGAAGAGAAAAAUCCGUCAGCACCAAGCACAAGCACAGGAGCAAAACUGCACGGAUGUCCUGUUGAUAAAGAUGAAUUAGGCCGAUCCACAUGGAAUUUAUUACAUACCAUGUCGGUCUAUUAUCCAGAAAAACCAACAGAAGAAGAUAAGAGUCGAGCGAAAUCUUUCAUGACAAUUUUGGGACAGACAUAUCCUUGUGAUUUCUGUGCGAAAGAUUUGAGGAAAGACUUGAAGGAAUCACCUCCGAAAGUCGAAAGUCGUCAAGAUUUCGCUCUUUGGAUGUGCCAAUUACAUAACAAAGUCAAUGAAAAAACGGGAAAAGCAAAAUUUGACUGUAAAGAUGUAAUGGAACGGUGGCGAGAUGGAUGGAAAGAUGGAUCUUGUGAUUACUAG